UCAGCUUAUCUAAAAAAAUACAAAAAUCAUCCAUGUACAAAUACCAUGACAUGCAGAGGGACGCAUUCAUGAUGCAAUCAUACAAUAAAUCCAAAUAUUAAAAUACCUUGUUCAUCACAAAGAAUUGACGACAUUUAAUGAUAUUUGCAUUUUGCAAUAUAUCUAUCAUCAUCAGUAUAUCCACAUUGUUUGGAUGGCGAUGUCUAUUCUGUCACAAGGCUUUUUCCAUUUUCAAGAUAAUACUGUGCAAUCCUCAACUUCAUGCACAAAAUCACAAAAGAAUACUUGUCUACAAAAAUUGAACCCCCUAUCAGCAUUGAUUCCUAUUUCCAUGGUGUAUUGAUAGAGGCCUCCGAAAGUUUUGUAAUCUCUCCAAUGAACAACGGCACCUAUUUGUGUAUCCAAGAAAUGAAAAUUCUUGUUCUACCCUAUCAUUUGUUCUGUGACCAAAAAAAAAUGUCACAGAUGCAUCCUGUACAUACCAAAACAAAACUUGGACCCUAUACACUAUCAACUCAAAGGCGCGACACAAAGUUGGCUCCUAGUUUCAAAAUGCUUCCACACAAAACCACCCUUUGAUUGAGUGUAAAAUCAGGACCUAGAGACUGACUUAUGCAGCAUUGAU